UGUUCCGCAGCUCGAGCUGGUGUUUCGCCCGCGACCCAGCGCCCAGGUGUGCCGCCCCGAGAGGACCGCGCGAAGGUCACCCCGCGCCCGCCAGCCCGUCCGCCGCCCGCACCUCCGCCAAGCCCCGCGCGCCUCGCCGGCCCCGCCGCGUCUCCGCCCGCCCGUCCGACCGCCCGAGCCCCGCGCGCCCCGCCGCAGCCCCGGCCACCCGAGCGCCAUGAACCAGGUCGAGCCCGGCGUGCAGUACAACUACGUCUACGAAGAUGACGAGUACAUGAUCCAGGAGGAGGAGUGGGACCGCGACCUGCUCCUCGACCCGGCCUGGGAGAAGCAGCAGAGGAAGACCUUCACUGCCUGGUGUAACUCCCACCUCAGGAAAGCUGGCACUCAGAUCGAGAACAUCGAGGAAGACUUCCGGAAUGGCCUUAAACUCAUGCUGCUUUUGGAAGUCAUCUCAGGGGAAAGGCUGCCCAAACCUGACCGAGGAAAAAUGCGAUUCCACAAAAUUGCUAACGUCAACAAAGCCUUGGAUUACAUAGCCAGCAAAGGCGUGAAGCUGGUGUCCAUCGGGGCGGAAGAAAUUGUUGAUGGCAACGUGAAGAUGACGCUGGGUAUGAUCUGGACCAUCAUCCUGCGCUUUGCUAUUCAGGAUAUUUCCGUUGAAGAAACCUCUGCCAAAGAAGGUCUGCUGCUUUGGUGUCAAAGGAAGACCGCUCCUUAUAGAAAUGUGAACAUUCAGAACUUCCACACCAGCUGGAAAGACGGCCUUGGACUCUGUGCACUCAUCCACAGACACCGGCCCGACCUCAUUGACUACUCAAAGCUGAACAAGGAUGACCCAAUAGGAAAUAUCAACUUGGCCAUGGAAAUUGCAGAGAAGCACCUGGAUAUUCCCAAAAUGUUGGAUGCUGAAGACAUUGUGAACACUCCCAAACCCGAUGAAAGAGCUAUCAUGACAUACGUUUCCUGCUUCUACCAUGCUUUCGCGGGCGCGGAGCAGGCCGAGACAGCGGCUAACAGGAUAUGUAAGGUUCUUGCUGUGAAUCAAGAGAAUGAGAGGCUGAUGGAAGAAUACGAGAGGCUAGCGAGUGAGCUUUUGGAAUGGAUUCAGCGCACGAUCCCCUGGCUAGAGAACCGGACCCCUGAGAAGACCAUGCAGGCCAUGCAGAAGAAACUGGAGGACUUUCGGGAUUACCGCCGGAAGCACAAGCCUCCCAAGGUGCAGGAGAAGUGCCAGCUGGAGAUCAACUUCAACACCCUGCAGACCAAGCUGAGGAUCAGCAACCGGCCGGCCUUCAUGCCCUCUGAGGGCAAGAUGGUGUCGGACAUCGCGGGCGCCUGGCAGCGGCUGGAGCAGGCGGAGAAGGGCUAUGAGGAAUGGCUGCUGAAUGAGAUCCGGAGGCUGGAGCGCGUGGAGCACCUGGCAGAGAAGUUCCGGCAGAAGGCGUCCACGCACGAAACCUGGGCUUACGGCAAAGAGCAGAUCUUGCUGCAGAAAGAUUACGAGUCGGCGUCUCUGACCGAAGUCCGGGCUCUGCUGCGGAAGCACGAGGCAUUCGAGAGUGACCUGGCGGCGCACCAGGACCGCGUGGAGCAGAUCGCGGCCAUCGCGCAGGAGCUCAAUGAACUGGACUAUCAUGAUGCUGUGAACAUCAAUGAUCGGUGCCAGAAAAUCUGUGACCAGUGGGACAGGCUGGGAACACUCACUCAGAAGAGGAGAGAGGCCCUGGAGAGAACUGAGAAAUUGCUGGAAACCAUCGAUCAGCUUCACCUGGAGUUUGCCAAGAGAGCUGCUCCUUUCAACAACUGGAUGGAAGGCGCCAUGGAGGAUCUGCAAGAUAUGUUCAUUGUCCACAGCAUUGAGGAAAUCCAGAGCUUGAUCACCGCCCACGAGCAGUUCAGGGCCACGCUGCCCGAGGCGGACGGCGAGCGGCAGUCCAUCCUGGCCAUCCAGAACGAGGUGGAGAAGGUGAUCCAGAGCUACAGCAUCAGGAUCAGCUCGAGCAACCCCUAUAGCACCGUCACCAUGGACGAGAUCCGGUCCAAGUGGGACAAGGUGAAGCAGCUCGUGCCCAUCCGGGACCAGUCGCUGCAGGAGGAGCUGGCCCGCCAGCAUGCCAACGAGCGUCUGCGGCGCCAGUUCGCCGCACAGGCCAAUGCCAUUGGGCCCUGGAUCCAGAACAAGAUGGAGGAGAUUGCCCGGAGCUCCAUCCAGAUCACGGGAGCCCUGGAGGACCAGAUGAAUCAGCUGAAGCAGUAUGAGCACAACAUCAUUAACUACAAGAACAACAUCGACAAGCUGGAAGGCGACCAUCAGCUCAUCCAGGAGGCCCUGGUCUUUGACAACAAGCACACUAAUUACACCAUGGAGCACAUUCGUGUGGGCUGGGAGCUGCUGCUGACGACCAUUGCCAGAACCAUCAACGAAGUGGAGACCCAGAUCCUGAUGAGAGAUGCGAAGGGCAUCACCCAGGAGCAGAUGAAUGAGUUCAGAGCCUCCUUCAACCACUUCGACAGGAGGAAGAAUGGCCUGAUGGAUCAUGAGGAUUUCAGAGCCUGCCUGAUCUCCAUGGGUUAUGACUUGGGUGAAGCUGAGUUUGCCCGCAUCAUGACCCUGGUGGAUCCCAACGGGCAGGGCACCGUCACCUUCCAAUCCUUCAUUGACUUCAUGACCAGAGAGACGGCCGACACCGACACUGCCGAGCAGGUCAUCGCCUCCUUCCGAAUCCUGGCUUCCGACAAGCCGUACAUCCUGGCGGAGGAGCUGCGCCGAGAACUGCCCCCUGACCAGGCCCAGUACUGCAUCAAGAGGAUGCCCGCCUACUCGGGCCCAGGCAGCGUGCCUGGCGCUCUGGAUUACGCCGCCUUCUCCUCCGCGCUCUACGGGGAGAGCGAUCUGUGAGGCCGGGGUUCUGUAAUCGCUGGUCCCAGCAGAAUGCAAUAAAAGCUCAAGUUAUAGUUUGUUUCUUGGAAACUUUGACAAGCUUUAUUCAGUUAAGAGAGAGAGAAAACUUUUUUUGCAGCUCAGUU